AUGAUGAAAAAUGGGUUUGAGAUGAGCAUGAUGGGAGAGCUGAACUUUUUUCUGGGUCUUCAAAUCAAGCAAUGCAAAGAUGGGAUCUUCAUUACUCAGUCAAAAUAUGUCAAAGAACUUACCAAAAAAAUCAAAAUGACUGAAGCUAAAGUUACCGAGAUUCCAAUGAGUGCUACCUUCAAAUUUGAGAAAGAUGAGAAAGGUAAAUUUGUCGAUUGCAAGCUUUAUAGAGGUAUGAUUGGUUCAUUACUAUGCCUAACUGCUAUUCGUCCUGAUAUUCAUUUCAGUGUCUGUGUUUGUGCUAGAUUUCAAGCUGAUCCUAAAGAAUCUCAUAUUAUUGCUGUUAAAAGAAUUCUUAGGUAUCUUUUAAGUACUCAAGACCUAGGUCUUUGGUAUCCAAGAAAUAUUUCAUUUGAUCUUGUGGGGUAUUGUGAUGCUGAUUUUGCAAGCAGUAAAACUGAUAAAAAGAACACUUCAGGAGCAUGUCAAUUCUUAGGUCAUGCACUAAUCUCUUGGUUCAGCAAAAAGCAAACCUCCGUGGCCUUAUCCACAGCUGAAGCAGAGUAUAUAGCUGCUGGAAGCUGUGUUGCUCAAAUAAUCUGGAUGAAACAGGAGCUAGAGGACUACAAUCUAAGGUACACUAAGAUACCUAUUAUGUGUGAUAAGACAAGUGCCAUUAAUCUGACCAAGAACCCUAUCAUGCAUUCUAGAACCAAGCAUACAGAAAUUCGACAUCAUUUCAUCAGAGACCAUGUUCAAGCUAAUGAUAUUGAGCUAAUUUUUGUUCCAACUGAAAUACAACUUGUUGAUUUAAAUGAGGAAACUUUCUGCAGGAUCCUUGUUCAGUCAAGUAUAUCCCCUUCUGUUUCUAAAAGAGCCACCUGUUCUACCACUAAGUUUGAAACCUCAAAGAUCUCACCUGGUGAAAUAGGUUCUAAAGACAAACCUGAUAAUUAUCUACAUAAUCUUUUCAGUAUGGCUUUUUCUGCUAUAAGUCUUUUUAUUCUGACUGAUCUUACUUUAAAUCUUUUAUUGUCAAGAUAA